UUUUUUUUUUUUUUUUUUUUUUUUUUUUUUUUUUUUUUUUUUCCCUUGUUCUUUUAGGUCACUUCAAUGGCUGCGAGUGGGGCUGCGGCUGCUUGCAGUACCUCAACGAUGUCGAUCCGUUCCAGCUCGUGACGCCAGAGCCCGCGCGCAGCAAACCGUUCAAAGUGGACGAAUCCCUUCCGCUUGGCGAGCAACUCCGCGACAUCCACAAGAUGCUCAUGCCGCCGCUCAAGGUCGAGACGUGCGCACUGCAAAUCAAUGCGACCAACAUCUACUUGGAUCUGGACGAGGACAUCAACAACCAGCCCGAGGACUGUGGUCUCAAGUCAUUCUCUCUCGUUCUUUUGCGCACAAAGCCGUCCGUGCGCGCCGAGACUGUCAUCAAGCACCUGCAUAGCACAGACGUCAAGGAGUUGCGCAAGUCAAUUUUCACCUUGCGACGCAUGUUCAAGGAGGACGAGACGUUCGUCCAGGAGUUCAUUUUUGCGGAGGGUCUGCGAACCCUCAUGAAGGUCACCCGCACCGCCGAGCAGCUGACUCAGGUGUAUGUGCUGCGAGCACUGGGCAACGCCAUCUGCUUUGUCGACGGCAUGGAGCAACUGUUGAAAUCAAUGGACGUGCUCGUCGACAUUGUCAAGUUUGCCCUGACGGACAGCUCCAACUUGGCCAAGGCUGCGCUCGAGCUGCUGGUGGUCGUGACCGACUACCGUGAGAGCAACCACGAGCUGAUUGUUGAUGCAUUCCGGCGCAUUUCGACCGAGACAAAGCAGCCAAUGUUCAAGUCGCUGGUUCAGCAGAUCGCCAACAUUGGCGACGAAGAGGUCCAAGUCUACUGCAUGACCCUCAUCAACAAGACGCUCGCCGCCGCAGACGAGGAAGACCUCUUCUAUGACUUGAUUGACCAUCUCGAGAUUGCUGGCAUUUCCAAGUUGAAAAAACCGUCCUCAGGACCCUACCGCCAGGCGCUGCUCGACUAUGAGCACACUGUCGAGGAGGCUGACAAGGGCAAGGUGUCCAACGCCUCCGCUCAGACACUUGCGCUGGCCAAGCGAUCCGCGCCUGGCAAGGCUGCCGACGUGAAGCCGGCUGCUGCUGACCUCAAGAAGGUUGACGUGAAGCCUGCAGAAGUGAAGCCCGCAGAAGUGAAGCCUGCCUCAAACACCUCCACGCCAAGCAAGCCGUCGGUGACAGUGGCCGACCCAACGCCCGCGAAAACGGCAUUGACGACUUCGAGUUCGACUUCUUCGCCUGCCGUUUCGGUCACCUCGCGCUAUGCUCCCGCCAGCACGACCACCACCACCACCACCACCACUACCAAGCCCGCAGACUCGACUUUGUCUCCAGCAUCUUCGCCUGCCGUUUCAGUCACCUCGAGAUAUGCUCCCGCCAGCACAACAACUUCAACUCCGUCUGCUGCUGUCAGUCCGACUUCGGAUGGCAGCGUGAGCAAGGCCGCCUCGACGCCGUCCGUACUGUCUCGUUACACACCUGGUGGCUCAUCCACCGCAGCUCCAGACGCGUCGGCAAAGACGGCCAGUGCCCUGGCAGCCAUGGCGAACGAGUCAGACAAGCGCCGGAAUCCCGACUCUGGGCUCAAUGCACUCAAGGAUGUCAGUGCGCUGGCCAUGUCUGCUUUGGCUGGGCCCGAAACUGCGAUUGUCGAUACGCCUCCCAAGCCCACUGGCUCGUCGUCUGCUACGUCGUUUUCGACCAUUUCUGGCCAUCGCGCCACGCUGCCCAAGCCCGAAACUGCCGCCGGCGUCGCCGCCACCACCACAACCACCACGCCAGCACCUGCUAGCUCUACAACCUCAGCUGCCACUACAGCUACACCAACUACUACCACUACUACUGCAGCAGCAUCAGACGCAGCCAAGACCGAGCCUGCAGCCACCAUCGCCUCGCCGCCGCCUGCCAGCUCAACCCGCUCUGUUUCACCAGACCCCACCCCAAACACCCCGUCGCGUGCGACCAGCGGCUCUGUUCGCCAAAAGCGAAUGGAGCGCAAUCUCAAAAUGCGAGGCGAGAGCGACAAUUCAGCGACCCUGGCUGCCAUUGCUACCAGUCACGAGGACGCUGCUGAGGAUGGCCAAUCACAAACCCCGUCUCCGUUGCCGCGAUCUGCUGGUCUCCCCGCUGUGUCCGAUACGUCAUCCGAGGUCCAGCCUGCGAACGCUACCGCUGCUGCUCCCGGCACCGCCAACGAUGCCGAGUUUACCAGGCCCGCCUCUCACAGACGCAGCUCGUCUUACACGCAAGCGACCGAGGGUGGUGGCGCGUCGACAGCGCCUUCCGAGCCCACGGUGGUUGAGAUUGUUGUGCCAGUGCCUGGCAAGCUCGUUCGCAUCGAGGUUGAGGAGCCCGAGGCUCCCCCUCCGCCAGCUCCAAUCGUCCGCAAGAAGUUUGCUCAGAAGGAGUUUAUUCUGCGCUCGUUUGACUUUUCCGACCUGAAUGAGGGAGACGACGAAGACCCCUUGGACGAAACGGUCGGCAUGCUGCCUGGCGGCGAUGGCUCGGGUCCUCCUGGUCCCCCGCCGCCUCCACCAAUGGGAGGAGGUCCGCCCAUGCCUCCGCCCCCACCUCCUGCCAUGGGUGGUCCUCCCAUGCCUCCGCCGCCGCCGCCGAUGGCCGGUGCACCCCCGCCGCCGCCUCCGCCUGGUGCUCCAGCACCGCCGCCAGCCCCCGGCGCACUCGGCGCAACAACUGGUACAGGCGCAGGUGCAGACAAGGUUGUCAUGCGCCAACUGCAUUGGACCAAGGUUAGCGUGCCGAUGGUUCGUGCGCCCAACGCGGCGGCAACCGUGUGGGAAGAGGUCAAGCCAGUGACCAUCAACACGGCCAAAUGGACGCAACUGUUUGGCGUCGUCAAGACUGCUGCGGCCGACAAGGAGGCCAAGGCUGAUGACAGCCAGGCCAAGCCGCGCAAAAUCACCGUGCUCGAUGGCAAGCGCUCCAACGCGGUCGCCAUUGCAAUCACCAAGCUCCCAGCUGCCAAGCACAUCCGAGACGUCAUCCUGACUCAGGACGACCGCAAGGUGACCAAGGAAGACAUUCGCCGACUGCUCGACCUUUGCCCCACCGACGAAGAGCUCCAGGCAAUCCAGGCUGGUAUCAGCGCCAACCCGGACAUUCCACUCGACACGGCGGAGGAGUACUUGAACGCCCUUGGAUCGGUGCCUGCUGUGCAGGCUCGGCUCAAGGUUUGGAGCUUCCUUCACGACUUUGAGGAGCGUUUCAACCAGAACGCCUCGCAACUGCUCUCCAUCAAGCUGGCUGUGAGCGAGCUCCACGACAGCAACGCUCUCAAGACAGUCAUGAGCCUCGUCCUUGCCAUUGGUAACCAUCUGAACGCUGGCUCGGCUCGCGGUCUGGCCAAGGGUUUCCAGCUGGACGUGCUGAACAAGCUGCAAGACGCCAAGGAUGUGACUGGCAAAGUGACCCUUUUGCAGCACCUCGUCACGCUCGUUCUGGAAGAGUAUCCGGCAGCCGCCUCGCUGUAUGAUGAGCUCUCGCAUGUGGUGGAUGUCACCAAGAUGGACGUUGACGGACUUGAAGGCCGGCUGAGCAAGCUGACGAGCGAUGUCAACAGCAUCCGGGACUUGGUCGACGAAGUGACCUUGGCGGCCUCGACCUCGCUUGCGCUCUCCGUGACCCAGCAAAGCGCCGAGUCUCCCUACAAGGCAAUCAUCCCCAAGUUCCUUGCGGACGCGGGUCAUCAGUGCGAGGUGAUGGAGGCGGCGCACUACCGCAUCAACAACCGAUUUGGCAAGCUGCUGCUCUACUUUGGCCUGUCCGUGUCGACCGCCAAGAAGACAAAGCUGAGUGAGUUUUCCACCAUGAUCAGUGACUUUGCUUUCGACUACCGAAUGAACGUCAAGAAGCAAGUCGAGGCCAAGGAGCUGGUCAAGGUCAAACGCGAACGCAACAAGACGCGUGGCCAGCGCAUUACGUUGACUGGCAAGAACGACCCCAACAAGCCGCCAGGAGCCGACAAGCUCAAUGGGAUGCCCUCGCCCAAAUUGGGAGCAUCCCUCACGGUGCCCGGAGCCGCCGAGUCUCCCUCGCUGUCUUCGUCCACCGCUUCUGCGGCAACUCCAAGCCUUGGUAGCACUGAUGAUGACGAUGAAGACGAAAUGAUGUCUGCGUUGGCCAAGACUCUGAUUUCCUCCGCCACCUCGUCCGCGAACAAGCGAAAAAAGAUGCGCAAGCCGAGCUGUCUGGGACCACGAACAACAAUUCGCGCUGCGCUAGCAUCCGCAUCUACCGCCAAUUAG